AUGGAAGAACAAGUGGAGAGACACACUUUUAAAGUAUUUAACCAAGACUUUACAGUAGAUAGAAGAUUUCAGUUGAUUAAAGAAAUCGGUCAUGGUGCCUAUGGGAUAGUCUGUUCUGCUAGGUUUACAGAAGCAGUCGAAGACACUACUGUGGCUAUUAAAAAAGUUACAAAUGUGUUUUCUAAAACACUACUCUGCAAAAGAUCCUUACGUGAAUUGAAAUUAUUAAGACAUUUUAGAGGUCAUAAGAAUAUUACCUGUCUAUAUGACACAGACAUAGUUUUUUACCGUGAUGGUACAUUUAAUGGACUUUAUCUAUACGAAGAAUUAAUGGAGUGUGAUAUGCAUCAAAUCAUUAAGUCAAACCAACCUCUAACUGAUGCCCAUUAUCAAAGCUUUACCUACCAAAUUCUGUGUGGGUUGAAAUAUAUACAUUCGGCAGAUGUUUUGCAUCGUGAUCUAAAGCCUGGUAAUCUAUUAGUUAAUGCAGAUUGCCAGCUGAAAAUCUGUGAUUUUGGUUUAGCCAGAGGAUAUUCAGAGAAUCCAAUGGAAAACAACCAAUUUCUAACCGAAUAUGUAGCCACAAGAUGGUACCGUGCCCCAGAAAUCAUGCUAAGUUAUCAAGGUUACACAAAAGCCAUUGAUGUAUGGUCUACUGGUUGCAUUCUUGCCGAAUUUUUAGGUGGCAAACCAAUAUUUAAGGGAAAAGACUAUGUAGAUCAAUUAAAUCGAAUACUACAGGUCCUAGGCACGCCACCAGAUGAAACGUUAAGGAGCAUCGGGUCUAAAAAUGUACAAAACUAUAUUCAUCAAUUAGGUUUUAUUCCUAAGGUUCCAUUUAUCGACCUAUAUCCAAAUGCAAAUCCACAAGCUUUGGACUUAUUGGAAAAAAUGUUGGCUUUUGAUCCAAGAGAAAGAAUAACUGUGGAUGAAGCGUUAGCCCAUCCUUAUUUAGCUAUAUGGCAUGAUCCUGCUGACGAACCCGUUUGUAGUGGAAAGUUCGAAUUCAGUUUUGAGGCUGUUAAUGAUAUGGACCAUUUGAGACAGAUGGUUAUAGAUGAAGUACAUGAUUUUAGAAGAUUUGUAAGACAGCCACUUUUAGAAGAAGAACAGUUACAACAGGAACAACAACAGAUACAGGUACAGGAACAACAGUAUAGAGAAGAAGAGGAACCUUUGAUAGAAAACGAGGAAAACAAAAGGAGGCAAUCGAUAAACGAAUCUUUACAAGCAUUUGGUAUAGAUCCCGAAAACUUACCUACAAUGAACAGAACAGACUAUCCACCAAGACCUCAAGAAAACCCAUUGGCUUCUCCUAUGGCCAUGGAACCUCGUAGUGACAUGAAUAAUAAUACAAAUGUUGCUACUGAUGAACUGUUUGAUUUAGAGAAAGAAUUGGAAUUUGGCCUGGAUAGACAUUACUUAUAA